AUGGCGGCAGCAGCACCGCUCCUGUCGGCGAGCGUAAUCGCGCCCGAUCGCCUCUCUCCGCGCGCCAAUCUCCUCCGCGCGUCGUCCGCUUCCCCCUCCGUCGCCACUCCUUCCGCCAGCGUUCUAAAUUCCAGCCAGUUCCGCGGGGAGGCGCUCCGCUUUCCGCCUUCCCCCCCUUUCCGCGCUCGCCUGCGCCCUGCCCACGUGCCUGUGCGCGCAGGGCCGGAGGGGGUGGUCGGGGGAAGCGGCGGAACGACGGAGGCGGAUUGGCGGACGAAGGCGCGGCCAAUCAAGCCUGGCGGGAAUUAUCCCGCCAAGGAGCACUGCAGCCAGUGCGGCCUGUGUGACACGUACUACAUCGCGCAUGUGAAGGACGCGUGUGCCUUCCUCGGGGAUGGCAUGGGCAGGAUCGAGCCCAUGGAAGCACAGGUGCACGGGCGGGGCAGGAGGGAGGGAGACGAGGACGAGUUUCACUUCGGGGUGCACCAGGAGAUGCUCUAUGCGCGCCGCACGCCCCCCCUGCCAGGAGCACAGUGGACGGGAGUGGUGACGGCCGUAGCGGUGGAGAUGCUGAGGAGCGGCAAGGUGGACGCGGUGAUAUGCGUGCAGAGUGACCCGUCGGAUCGUUUCGCCCCCCGCCCUGUACUGGCGAGGACAGAGGAGGAGGUGAUGGCAGCCAGAGGGGUCAAGCCCACGCUCUCGCCCAACCUCAACACCCUCGCUCUUGUGGAGGCAGCAGGGGUGAAGCGGUUGCUCUUCUGUGGCGUGGGCUGUCAGGUGCAGGCGCUAAGGGCAGUGGAGCAGCAUCUAGGAUUGGAGAAGCUGUACGUGCUCGGCACCAACUGCGUGGACAACGGUCCGCGAAAGGGCCUGGAGAAGUUCCUGAACGCUGCAAGUGACGAUCCCGAGACAGUGCUGCACUACGAGUUCAUGCAGGACUAUAAGGUGCACAUAAAGCAUCUGGACGGUCGAAUGGAAGAGGUGCCGUAUUUCUGCCUCCCAGCAUCAGACCUUAAAGACGUCAUCGCCCCUUCCUGCUACAGCUGCUUUGACUACACCAAUGGCCUCGCUGACAUGGUGGUGGGGUACAUGGGAGUGCCCAAGCAACAAGGCGUUGCCAUGACCGACCAUCUGCAGUACAUCACAGUCAGGAACGAGAGGGGGCGGGAGAUGCUAGAUCUGAUUCGCCCACAGCUGCAAGUCACGCCCACGGUCUCCUCGGGAGAUCGCCGCCCGUUCGUGAUGGAGACGGUGAAAGCAGACGACAAGGCAACGGUGGGCACGGAGAGGCUCAACCCCGCACCCAGAUUUGUCGGGAACAUCAUUGCUUUCCUGCUCGACCUGGUGGGUCCCAAGGGUCUAGAAUUUGCGCGCUACUCACUGGACUACCACACCAUACGCAACUAUUUGCACGUGCAUCGCGUGUGGGGGAAGGAAAGGGCGGAGCAACACAUCCCCAAGUAUGCUAAAGAGGUGGUCGCACGAUCUCGCAGCUCGCGAUCCGCCAAACGCACCACGACCGUCCGAUCUGCUCUCGCGCAAGAGUUCUCCGCCCUCGAUCGCGUCGACAUUCUUUCCGAAGCGCUUCCCUUCAUCCAACGGUUCCAACGCAAGACCGUCGUUGUGAAGUAUGGCGGCGCGGCGAUGAAGGACCCGACGCUUAAAGAGGGUGUGAUUAAAGACCUCGUGCUUCUAUCUUGCGUCGGCUUGCGGCCCGUGCUUGUUCACGGAGGCGGACCGGAGAUUAACACGUGGCUGACGCGGAUAGGCAUUGAGCCGAAUUUCAAGAACGGACUGCGUGUAACUGACGGGCCUACUAUGGAGGUGGUCGAGAUGGUGCUUGUAGGGAAGGUGAAUAAGUCGCUCGUGUCGCUUAUCAAUCGUGCCGGUGGCACCGCUGUGGGAAUGUGCGGGAAGGACGGUCGCAUGAUCACCGCGCGACAGGCUAGCGCAGACCUGGGAUUCGUUGGCGACAUCUCGAGUAUCGAUACGACUGUCGUCAAAGGGCUGGUUCGUGACGGGAUCAUCCCCGUUAUUGCAACGGUGGCGGCGGAUUCUGAGGGGCAGGCUUAUAACGUGAAUGCGGACACGGCGGCUGGGGAAAUUGCGGCGUCGCUGGGAGCGGAGAAGCUCAUUCUGAUGACGGACGUGCCGGGUGUGAUGAUCGACCCGAAGGACUUGGACAGUCUUGUGAAGGAGGUGGACAUCAAGGGCAUUCGCAAGCUGAUAGCAGAUGGCAUUGUAAAGGGAGGCAUGAUUCCCAAGGUGGAGUGCUGCAUCCGAUCUCUCGCCCAGGGCGUGCAUUCCACUGCCAUUAUUGACGGCCGCAAGCCACACUCGCUGCUGCUCGAGGUGCUUACAGAUGAGGGUGCUGGCACCAUGAUCACCGGGUGA